CUAGCUAAUCAGAGGGCCAACUGCAGCUGAAACCAAGAGGCUGGGGGCUUAAUGAAAAAGGGUAAGCGUGCAGUCUAGGACUGGGAACCUGCAGGAAUGACACCAUCUACCCGGUAUACCCGCUGACCGUAUCCCCUCCUCCCGCCUAUAAAAGAACCUGAAGAAUUGAAAGAGGACUGUGUGCAUUUGGAUAUUCCAGAGGAAAGAAUUACAACAAUAUUUCCCUUCUAAAAACAAAUCCAUUGAAAGGCAGUGAGUGAACCAAAAGAAGAAUUUUGGAUAACAAUUUUACAAUACAAAUUUUCGUUUUAAUUCUUAAAAUGUUUUAUGUUGGCUUACUGGUCUUGAGUGGCUGCUUGGCCCGGGGGACCGGCUACAGGAAAACUCCAGACACGACAGCUGUUAAUCAGAGACAGUACCAGAUCCAGAAUGGCCCGUGCAGCUACACCUUUCUGCUGCCUGAGCAGGACAACUGCAGGACCCCGAGCAGCACCUACACCAACCUGGUCCAGAAGGACGAUCCGGCAGAGUAUGACGAGUCUGCCCAGAGGCUGGAGCAGCUGGAGAACAUCAUGGAGAACAACACGCAGUGGCUCCUCAAGCUGGAGAACUAUAUCCAGGAAAGCAUGAAGCAGGAGAUGGCCCAGAUCCAGCAGAAGGCUGUCCACAACCACACGGCAGCCAUGAUAGAGAUUGGGGCUAACUUGCUGAGUCAGACCACUGAGCAAACACGGAAACUGACCAACGUAGAGGCGCAGGUAAUAAAUAAUACAACUCGGCUCGAACGUCAGCUUCUUGAGAACUUUCUGUCAACGAAUAAGUUGGAAAAACAGCUCAUUUUCCAAAUAAAUGAAAUAAGCAAGCUGAAUGACAAAAACAGCUACCUGGAGAAGAGGGUGGGGGAGAUGGAGAUGCAGAUGCAGGUGGAGCUGGAGCAGCUGAAGGAGAAGAAGGAGCAGCUCUCUACACUGGUACUGAGACAGACUGCCGUCAUCGAGGAGCUGGAGAAACAGCUGAUCCGGGCCACCACCAACAGCUCUGCCCUGCAGCGGCAGCAACAGGAGCUACUGGAGACCGUCAACAACCUAAUCUACACCAUCUCCGUCCCCGCAGUGAACAAGCCUACCAUGAUGCAGGAUACACCGACCACAUACCCAGACUGUGCUGCACUCUAUAAGUCGGGGAACACAGACAGUGGAGUCUACUCACUGGCCCUUCCCAACACUACACAGGAGAUUAAGGCUUACUGUGACAUGGAGAUGGAGGGCGGUGGAUGGACAGUACUACAAAAACGAUUUGAUGGUCGGGUUGACUUCCACCGUACGUGGAAAGAGUACAAAAUGGGCUUUGGAAACCCUUCAGAUGAAUACUGGUUGGGAAAUGAGUUUGUUUCGAUACUGACCAAUCAGCAACCCUACGUCUUGAGAAUACAGAUGAUGGAUUGGGAGGAAAACUCAGGAUUCUCACUAUAUGACCAGUUCUCUCUCGGCAGUGAAGCAGAAAACUACAGGAUACACCUUAAAGGCUACAGUGGAACAGCAGGCAAAAUUAGUAGCCUUGGUCAACCAGGAAGUGAUUUCAGCACAAAAGAUGCCGACAAUGACAGAUGUGUUUGCAAAUGCUCACAACUGACAACAGGAGGCUGGUGGUUUGACGCCUGCGGCCCCUCUAACUUGAACGGAAUAUUUUUCCAGCACGGCCAGAACUCUAAUCGAUUCAAUGGAAUCAAAUGGUACUACUGGAAGGGCUCAGGCUACUCACUGAAGUCUACCACAAUGAUGAUCAGACCAGUAGACUUCUGAGGCUGUCCCAGAAACAUGCCUCUCACAGACGGACAUAGGAGAGCACUGGGAAACUACAGACAAAAAAAAGACUGAACUGCUCCAUAACAGCAACCUCACCACAAGGAAAGGAACAAAUUAAUUCACUCCAACAAAAUUGACAGGUGAAAACAUGCAGAAGUCUAUGAACUGUGUAUUUUCAGAAACAUAUGGGCUUUGGACUGCAUAACCAACCAGGACAAGGCAGUCAAAGGAUGAAACAGGUAUUUAUAGCUAACUGGAACUGUGGUAGAGAUAACAGUAUUGUUUUCUAUAACAAGCAAUACCCGGGGAAAUGUCAGUGUGUAACACAAUGCAAGGUUGACCAAGUACAUUCUGUAAUAAUGAUAUUUCACCCCAUUACAUUUGAUACAAUGAAUUUGAAAAUGGUUACAUUUUAUAAUAGGCCUAAUACUAAAAGCAAAGAGAACUAGGGUACAAAUACUUGAUCAAAUAUGAACAUAACGCGCUAUGGUCAUCAGUAAUGAAUCUACUGCUUUUCUUUCUUAGAGCUUGUACAUACUUACAUGAUAUAAUUUAAAAUGUAUAGAUGGUUCACAAAAUCUAUUAAAAUCAGAUGUGAUAACUUUUAUUGGGAUGUUACUCAAAACAUGUAAUCAAUGUCAAUUAACCUAAUUAUGCACUUGUGCAAAUCUAUUGCAAGUGUGUUCAACUUUUUCCAUGAUUACACAAUCGACGGAGUAAUUCGACUUCCACGUCCUUUGCCUGACUUAGGCUACGUACUCUGUUGUGAUUCUAAUCUGUACAAGGUAUCCAGAGAAAGUGGAGCAUAUCUGCUUAUAUUUAUCAAUCGAAUUUAAUUGUUGUACUGUAGAAAUGUGAUUUAUGGUUAUAAUAAUUUAUGUAAUACAUUUUACCCAUGCUUCUGUGAACAUUUGGGACCAAAACUUUUUCACUUAAUUCUUCUAAACAACUGGCGUUAUGAGUAGGAUUAGUGUAUUUAGGAAUUUUUCUGUGUGGAGUACAAUGUCUUGUCAGAUCCUGUCACUCCUACGUGACGCUCGUCCCUGAACCGACGGCCGGUCGCACAAUCUGAUGUGAAACAAUGAUGUGGAGAAUGGAUAAUGGUUGUCAGAAAGGCAAAGAAAUAGACUUUAGAACACCAUGCAAAUUAAAUUAUCUUAAAUUCAA